UUCAAACUAAAAUUCAGUUAGAAAUCAAUAAUCUUCAAUCAGGAUUUGUUAAUCAACAAUGACUCAAUAAUUUCAAUAGGAUCUGUCAUAAUUAGGAUGUCUUAACUAGGUUUUGUUAUGUUUCAACUACUAUAAUUUAAUAAUUGCAACUGAGGUAGAUGUACAUUGCAUUUGCGUAACUGGAGCGUGCCUCGUUAGUCGAUACCAACACAAAUAUGGUUGAAAUAAACGAGUAAAGAUGUUUGUGACAAAAGAUGUAGAUGAAAGUUUGGUAUGAACGGCAAACUUGUGACAUCUUUCUUAAUUCACCCAGACAAGAUAUCUUGUUUUGUAAAAUAAUUCUGUAUUUGUCACUCAGUAAUCUAUAAUAGUUUCUUCCCGACUAAUUCUAACCUAAAAACACAAAUUAAUCUAACACACGAGUAUGUUAUGAUCGACACAAAAUGCAUCUCCUAUAAAAGCUCUAAAACUAUGCCUAAUCAAAAAACAGGAAAGAACUAAUAUGGGAACUGAUGGUAAAAGCUUAGUAAAUGAAGAGAUCAUUUUCAGAAGCAAAUUUCCAGCAGUUGAAGUCCCUAAAGAUGUUACCCUGCCGGAGUUUGUGCUCUCGGGCAUCGAACCGUAUCUGGACAAUGUGGCGGUGGUGGACUCGAUAACGGGAAAAGGGUACACCUACAGAGAAGUGAAGAGGAAUGUUUACAGAUUCUCCAAGGCCUUAAGGUCACUGGGGCUGAGGAAAGGCCGCGUGGUGGUGGUCCUCCUCCCUAACGUGGCGGAGUAUGCCACCCUCGCUCUGGGCAUCAUGGCGGCAGGGGGAGUCUUCUCUGGCGCCAACCCCAACGGCCAUGCAUCGGAGAUCAAGAGCCAAGUUGAGGCUGCGGAUGCCAAGUUAAUUGUCACUGAUGGAUCAACCUAUCAUAAGGUGAAAGAUUUGGGAGUGCCUGUUAUAAUACAAGGCGAAGAUAGAAUAGAGGGAACUAUAAACUGCGAAGAACUGCUUGAAGCCACCGAUAAGGCUAACACUCUCUUCAUUCAAGAAAAACUGCUGCAGACUGAUCUCUGCGCCCUUCCUUUUUCAUCAGGUACAACGGGGUUGUCGAAAGGCGUGAUGCUGAGCCACGAGAACCUGGUGGCGAACCUGUGCUCGACACUGUUCAGCGUAGGGCCAGAGCUGAUCGGGCAGGUGUCGACGCUGGGGCUGAUACCCUUCUUCCACAUCUACGGGCUGACCGGAAUCUGCUGCGCCACCAUCAAGAACAAGGGCAAGGUGGUGGUGAUGCAGCGGUACGAGCUCCGUCUCUUCCUGAGCGCCCUCAUCAGCCACGGCGUCACCUUCGCGCCCAUCGUCCCUCCCAUCAUGCUCGGCCUCGUCAAGAACCCCAUUGUGGACGAGUUCGACCUCACCAAGCUCGCCCUCCGCUCCGUCAUGACCGCGGCAGCCCCCCUCGCCCCCGAGAUCUUGAACGCAUUCGAGAGGAAAUUCCCAGGCGUUCAAGUUCAAGAGGCGUAUGGGAUGACGGAGCACAGUUGCAUAACGCUGAGCCAUGCAACUGUGGUUGCCAAGAGGAACUCGGUGGGAUUCAUCCUCCCAAAUCUGGAAGUCAAGUUUGUCGAUCCCAACACGGGGCAUUCCCUUCCCAAGAACUCCCCGGGGGAGAUUUGUGUGAGGAGCAAGUGUGUCAUGAAAGGGUAUUAUAAAAACGAGCGGGAAACAGCCAUCACCAUCGAUAAAGACGGAUGGCUCCACACCGGGGACAUAGGGUAUAUUGAUGAUGAUGGCGAUGUUUUCCUCGUUGAUCGUAUCAAAGAACUAAUCAAAUUCAAAGGUUUCCAGGUUGCUCCUGCUGAAUUAGAGGCAAUACUACUAACUCACCCUUCGGUAGAAGAUGCUGCAGUUGUGGGAUUACCAGAUGAAGAAGCAGGAGAAAUUCCAGCAGCAUGCGUAGUGAUAAAAAGAGAAGCAAAAGAAAGUGAGGAAGACAUAAUAAAGUACGUUUCAUCAAAUUCAGCAACCUACAAGAGAGUUAGGAUUGUGCAAUUUGUUAGCGCCAUACCUAAAUCACCAUCUGGCAAGAUAUUGAGGAGACUUAUCAGGGAAAAUAUGCUCAAAGAUCUGCACAAUUAAUUUUAUACUAUAAAUUAAUCAUCAUGUUACUCUUUAUGUUUUACAAAUAAAAUAAAGACUUUUUCCUUACUUUGCUUUGGCAAAUGGCAUACGAGAAAACGAUGAUCGAUCUUUAUAUUUGGACCAAGGUCCUUAUGAUUUAGCAUUGUUGUACACAACUUCACAGCAACAUAUCAUAAGAGGUAAAAGUAUGGAGUACCAUAAUGAAGAUGG